UUCAUUUAACCGCGGAAUAAUCACUUUUCCCACUUUGACGAUCGCUUUCUCUGGUUUCCUCUAUCACGCGGUAAAUUCAACCGCGCCGGGAGUUUAUUCAGAACGCGGGCGGCUUAUCAAGCCUUUCUUAUUCAAAUUUUUGGUUUUAUUUAAUAAUAAUUAAAGUAUCGGCCAAAUUUAUUAAUAAUAUAGGGAUUAAAUUAAUUUGCCGCGAUUCAUCUGGUCAGUAUGGAAGGAUGACGCAAGAGGACAGCGGGGUCCGGUUGAUGACCUUUACUGGUGAGAUGGGCGAGGAGAUGUACCGGGAAUCGGUGGUAUUGCCGGUUAAGUGGCCGGUAGAUCGCGAUAAGGAGAGAGAGCGGCUGAACGGUCAGCAUGCGUUGGUCAAUAACGGAGGUACGUUGACCGAUGCGGAAGAGGAGGAGACUCGGCCCAAGGAAGUGUUCACCACGCUGGGUGUGUUGGAUCCGGCGUUGACCGAUAAGGACAAGCGGCAAACGGCCAAAGAGCUGGCGGGUGAUUACGAGCGGGAAUCGUGGCCGGGGAAAUGGGAUUUCCUGAUGGCCUGCUUGGGUUAUGCCGUCGGUUUCGGAAAUGUGUGGAGAUUUCCUUCGCUGGCAUACAAAAACGGUGGAGGAGCCUUCCUCAUCCCCUUCUUUCUCUGCUCCUUCCUGGCCGGCAUCCCUGUGUUCUUCCUGGAAGUCGCGAUGGGCCAGUUUAUGAGCGAAGGCACUAUCACCGUGUGGAAACUCAUUCCCAUGUUUAAAGGCUUCGGUUACGGGACGGUGGUAAUCGUGACCCUCCUAAAUAUAUAUUACAUCAUUAUUCUUGCCUGGGUGUUUUUUUACCUAUUCGCCACCAUUUUUUCCUUCGGCUCCGUGCUACCGUGGAGUACGUGCGGAAAUUGGUGGAAUUCUCCAAAUUGCGUUACCGGGAGGAACGAGACCGUGGAUAACGUUACCGAAUGGACUAAUUCCACCAUGACACCGGCAUUGGCCACCCUGACGACACCGGCUUGGCUGGAUAAUUCCACGGUCGGAGCGGCUAAGAUCGAUGCUGCGGCAGAAUUUUGGCGAAACCGAGUCCUGCAGUUAUCCACCGGCAUCGACGACGUGGGCACUGUGGUAUGGGAGCUGGCACUGUGUCUGCUGCUCUCAUGGAUCCUGUGCUACUUUAUCAUCUGGAAAGGCACCCAGUCCAGCUCCAAAGUGGUCUACAUCACGGCCACCGCCCCCUACAUCAUGCUCUUCAUCCUGUUCAUCCGCGGCGUCACCCUGCCGGGCGCCAUCAAUGGUAUCAUUUAUUACAUUUAUCCCGAUUUUUCACGCUUAGCCGACGGGAAAGUAUGGAUGGAUGCCGGCACACAAAUCUUCUUUUCAUAUGCAAUCUGCACAUCCACCAUCGUCGCCAUGGGCUCAUAUAACCGUUUCCAUCAUAAUUGCUACAGGGAUUCCUUGAUUUUGUGCUCGGUGAAUUCGUUAACCAGUUUCUUCGCCGGCUUCGUCAUCUUCUCCGUGUUGGGUUUCAUGGCGCACGAGCAGAACGUGGACGUGAAGGACUUGGCACUGGACGGUCCGGGCUUGACGUUUAUCGUGUACCCAAAAGCCAUCGCGCAGAUGCCGUGGGCGCCGGUGUGGUCCGUGCUCUUUUUCCUUAUGCUCAUCACCCUGGGCAUCGACUCCGAGUUUGUCGGCGUGGAAGGCUUUGUUACGGCCAUCAGCGAUAUCUUCCCGCAGCUCCGCCGCAAGAGUAUCCGUGAAUCGUUCAUCGCGCUGGUGUGCUUUGUCUACUUCCUCAUCGGGCUGAUUAUGGUGACAAAGGGCGGGAUGUUCGUGUUCCAGCUGUUUGAUAACUACGCCGCAUCCGGGCCGACACUGCUGUGGUUCUGCUUUUUUGAAUGCGUGGCUAUCGGAUACGCAUACGGAGCGGAUCGUUUCUACGACGACAUCGAGCAGAUGAUCGGUUUCCGUAUCAGUCCAUGGUGUAAAUUCUGCUGGAAAUACGUUACUCCCGUCGUCUGUGCCGGCAUCUUUAUAUUCAGCCUGGUAACGUGGUCGCCCAUGGAAUAUUCGGAUAUUAACUACGUGUUCCCGGCGUGGGCCGAAGGACUGGGUUGGAUGAUGGCACUGGCGUCCAUGAUCUGCAUACCGGGAUACAUUGCCGUGAAAUCCUUCAGUAUCGAUAAAUUCAAGGCCUUGAUGGUACCGCAGUUUAACGAUCGGCAUAUGCGUCGCCGUGCCCGGCGACGGAGCAGCAUUCGGCGUUGAGCGGCUCGUAAAUUUUCCCUAAUGCAGCAUGAGCAGAUUUGAGAUUUUCAAAUGGAAAUGUAACGCAGUGGAAUACGGUGCAUAUGUGUCAUUCUGAGCUUUUGUUAAAUACGCGCUUAUAACGUUUCCGGUGCAAUAUGUUACUGCUUCUUGCCAAUGCGGCUUCUUCUUUUAUUCCUCAUCGUUUCGGACGACAACUAUUACAUAUGUUUUGACUGUGUCAUAUACAGAGUACUGCAAUAA